AUGGAGACGAUCAACUCCUUUUUUUCCUAUGUUUCUUCGCCCCCUCCGUGGUCCUCACAUCCACCACGACCGCCCUCACCACCAUCUGAAGAGCCGACCACUUCUCUUAAAAACAGUUCCUCCAGAGGCAGCAAUUCCAAAACCAGCCUUGAAAAUAACUCAAAGAAGGUGGUUUAUCGAGAAUUCCGUCAAGAUUCUCAGGAUCCAGGCCUACUCUUCAGAUUUAUGGUGUAUGCCUCUGGUGGCACGCUUCCCUCGGAAGUCAAGAAAGUGACGAGAGGAGCGCCGAAACAUCAAAAAAACACCGCCAAUUGCGUUUCUUCCAGACAAGCAACGCAGUACUCUUGGGUGGUUCAGCCUCAAUGCCGUAAGAAGCGCAGAAGGAGUGAUAAUCUCGAAAAUGAGACUGUACAGGCGGAAACUGGCGAUAUAGCUACACAUGAGGUGGUCGCAUGUGAGGAAGAGACACACGAGGAGGACAUACAUGGGAAGGAUGCGCAUGAGAAAGCCUUUUAUGAGAAGAGUGUGCCUGGAAAGGAUUCGAAAAAGUCCGUUACCUUCGACAUGGCCGCCAAUCUACCCAGGAAAUCAGCGCUGAAAGUGACGUUAAGGGACAGCGCUCCAGCUCCAAGAUCAUGGAGACCUAGAUUCAGGCUUUACUGA